GGCUCAAGUUCCACAGGAGGCAAUAAGUUGAGGGAAUAUAGACAUCGGUGUCACAUGACACACGGCCUGACAGGACAGGCUGUCAACUUAGGCGUCGAGAUGAACUCAUGCUUCUCUCACAGUUCGCUAAAUCGAUCGGAAGUAUCAACAGAUCCCGCGACAUCACGACCUUAUGUCCCCUACAUUUCCCCUGUUCCCGUUAUUGCCGCCUGAGAUCCGACACUACAUCUGGCACUUGUCUCUCACCCAUGCCCGAGUGAUUCGUAUCUCGUGCGACCGGGGUAUCCUUCCCAACUCGCGGCGAUAUGCUCGCUGCUUUCGCGCCGACUGCGCCAAUCCACCUCAGCUACAAGUAAAUACGGAGGCCCGUCAUGUGGCCCUGCGGUGUUAUGCACCUUACUUUCGGACUAAACAUAUGCCUCACUGCUGCAUUUAUCUAGCGCCAGACCAGGAUGUCGUGCAUCUGCAUGAGGCGGUGUUGGCAUACCUCAGCACGGCAGAGAGAGCGGCCCUCCGACGGCUGAUAAUUGACGUUCAGGAUUACGGUUCCUUCGGUUCGUACUGGAUGGAUAGCCUGUGUAGCAUGGACCGAUUGCAGGAAAUUGUGUUGGUGGUGUUGCCAGGCACCUCUACUCCCUAUCGAGUAUAUGACCAUCUGCCCGUGGCAGACGAUGAGAUUGUUUGGAUGCUGAAGGCUGCCUUCGUUGAGGGUGUCAGGACUACCCCGGAGUGGGCGAUGCCGCGCGUCAAAGUCAUAUCGCAUGAUGGAACCGCGAUGGGGGAUAUCGUCGUAGAGGCGGAUGAUCUGGAGAUAUCUUAAGGCCGUAGGCCUUCCGGGAGAGCCGAAAGCGACUCUCCGUCCAAGCGAAGGGUGACGAAACGAUCUGACAGCCCGUCCUGGAGGAAAGGUGGAUAAUCCUUGCUCGAUGCGGAAUAGGGACGCACGGGGCGCGAGUGCCAACGUCUCGCUGGAAUGUGGGGACCGGAUGCGGGACAUGGAAUAUCUCUUGCGGACAGUGCCUUGCCCAUCGAUUGAUCCUCACGUCUGGACUAAAGCUCUGUAUCGGCCCUACUCGAUUGA